AUGAGGAGCGAGGGGAGGAGCGCGCUCGUCACCACGAAGAGAGACUGCUGGCCGGCCGACUGGAGCGUGAGCAGGAGAAAGUGCUCAGAGAGUCCAAAGAGCUGGCGGAGUUUACUCAGAUGCAUCCUCCUCCUUUGUCUGGCGGCCUGACGCCCAGUAUGAUGGCACCCAGCCUCAUGAACCCCAACCUUAUGGUGACAGGAGGGGCCGCCCUGACAGGGGCAGGGCGUUGGCCUCCAGACCACUCGACUCUGACCUCCCACCCGUGGAUGCCCCGGCCAGGAGCCCCCCCAGUCUGGCUCUCCAGCUCCCCAUACAGCCUCGGUCCCUCCUCACUCCACCAGACUCUCCCUCCAGGUUACCCACCCUCUCUGCCAGGCUCCUUACCUCCAUCGUACCAGUUUGCCAGGGACCCACAGUCUGGACAGCUAAUAGUCAUUCCUACUGAGCACCUGCAACACUACGGAGGCGAUGUACUGGAGCGUGGAGCCCCGGUGUGGUCGGGGGUGUACGGUACGGGCAGCUCGCUGCAGCACGCGGCCCAGCUCCAGCUCCUCUCCCAGCACCAGAUGCUGCGGCAACAGGAGCUGCUCAUGAUCCAGCAGCACACAGCUCAGGUCCUGGAGCUGCAGAGAAGCGCACAGUUUGUC